UCCCUCUCACUCUUCCUCUCACACAUACGCCAGAGCUCACACUGCAGCAGAGCGCAAAGCCAGCAAGGAUUUUACCAUUUAUUCGUGGAAAGCCAGAGAGACAUUUACCUGCCGAGGAGAUCCUGCAUGGAGGGUUGAUUGAAGAGGACAAUCUCACAAGCUGCUGAGUGUGUAGGUUGACACCUGGUCUUCAGAAGCAGCUGCGAGGGCUUUUGUAAGCCUCUCCAUCUUCCCCAAGUGACCUGCCAGCUUCCCAUCACCUCUUCUGGUUAGGAUGCUCCGCUGUGCGCCCCUGUGCUGAGGAGGCGUCGGCGGGCAGCAGCAUGGACGCUGUGCUGGCCGGCAUCCCCACCAUCCCCUUCACCGCCACCAAUCUGCCACCACCACCACGCUGCCCAGCCGAGCCGGGGGCUCCCCCCAUCCCCGCUGAUGGGCGAAGACACUGACGCCACCCUGACGCUCAACCACCACGGCUUCCUCCCCGACCACAACUAUGUGACUGAAGCGGAUAUCAUCUCCACUGUAGAGUUCAACCAUACAGGAGAGCUCCUGGCCACGGGGGACAAAGGAGGCCGUGUGGUCAUCUUUCAGAGGGAACCAGAGAGCAAGUCUGAGCCAUUUUCCCAGGGAGAGUACAACGUGUACAGCACCUUUCAGAGCCAUGAGCCCGAAUUCGACUACCUUAAAAGUCUGGAGAUUGAGGAGAAGAUCAAUAAGAUCCGAUGGCUGCCUCAGCAGAACGCUGCUCACUUUCUCCUCUCCACCAAUGAUAAAACCAUAAAGUUGUGGAAGGUGAGUGAAAGAGAUAAACGACCAGAAGGAUACAAUCUGAAGGAUGAAGAAGGUCGCAUCAAGGAUAUCUCUACAGUCACCUCUUUGCAGGUGCCGGUCUUGAAGCCGAUGGACCUGAUGGUGGAGGUGAGCCCCCGGCGGGUGUUUGCCAACGCCCACACGUACCACAUCAACUCCAUCUCGGUCAAUUCGGACUAUGAGACCUACAUGUCAGCGGACGACCUGAGGAUCAACCUCUGGCAUCUAGACAUCACAGAUCGCAGCUUCAACAUUGUGGACAUCAAACCAGCAAACAUGGAGGAUCUGACGGAGGUGAUCACAGCUGCAGAGUUUCACCCCCUCCACUGUAACCUGUUUGUUUACAGCAGCAGCAAAGGCACCCUGCGCCUCUGUGACAUGAGAGAAGCAGCGCUGUGUGACAAGCACUCAAAAUUGUUUGAGGAGCCCGAGGAUCCUAGCGCUCGCUCCUUUUUCUCUGAGAUUAUCUCCUCUGUGUCUGAUGUGAAGUUCAGCCACAGCGGCCGCUACCUGCUCACCAGAGACUACCUGACUGCAAAGGUGUGGGACCUCAACAUGGAGAGCAAGCCCCUGGAGACAUACCAGGUACACGAUUACCUCCGCAGCAAGUUGUGCUCCCUUUACGAGAAUGACUGCAUCUUUGACAAGUUUGAGUGUGCCUGGAACGGCUCGGACAGUGUGAUUAUGACCGGCGCCUACAACAACUUUUUCCGAAUGUUUGACCGCAACACCAAGCGAGAUGUGACCCUGGAGGCGUCGAGGGAGAGCAGCAAACCCAGAGCCGUCCUGAAGCCACGGAGGGUCUGCGCCGCCGGCGGGAAACGGCGGAAGGACGACAUCAGCGUGGACAGCCUGGACUUCACCAAGAAGAUCCUGCACACGGCCUGGCACCCCAACGAGAACAUCAUCGCCAUCGCCGCCACCAACAACCUGUACAUCUUCCAGGACAAACUCAACUCCGAGAUGCACUGAUGAAGGGUCCAAACGAGUUUACAAGCAAACAUGCAACUAUGCUAGAAUGUACAUUAUCAGACUCAAACGCUGGCCCACAGAACCCAGGAAGAUGCCUAACGCACACAGUCAGAAUGCAUACACACAUUCAUUCUACCCUCCCACAAGUGAACGGAGUCCAGUCAGGGAUACAAAAAAAAGGAAACUGGCUGCAUUACACAAUGGGUUAUUAUUGAAAAUUGUCCAAACUGUUUAUUUUUAUUGUUAUCCUGUGGAUUGUGGUAAAAGGUGUGGUAAUCACCACAGCUUGGCUUCUGAGUGGGAUCAGAUCUCCUCUCAGGCUGGAAGGACGUUUACAUGUCUUUGUCUUUUUCUUUUUUAACUCUUCAGGUUCUCUUGCUUUCUCCACCUCCUCCUCCUCACCUCUCUGUAGUCGUGCGCUCAAGCAAAGCCUAUUCUUAUCCCCUUUGCCCACUGUUUUGUGUAACAAAAAAAAAAAAAAAAUCGGGCCAUUUAUAUAACUGUCUAUUUUUCAUUCCAGAUAAAGCUCUCUGUUUUUGUAACUUCUUGUUAAAUGUCGACGACGAAAUUCAGAUCUGAUGAUGAAAACGAAGCGACACGUGAGAUAUGCAAAGAUGAACCCCGUGACUUUCCCCUCAUCCCAAACUGCACCAGAUGCCUCUGCCCUCAAGAGGGGUGAAGCAUUCGCAGUCCUGCAGGCAGAAGCAGACGUUAACAGACACAAACCCACUACAGGCCGUGUGUUUAACCAAUGACUGUUUUCAUUUUUAGCCAAAACACAUCCAAACAUAUCAGUUUGUGUUUUUUCGCUUCUGAUCUAGGGCUGUUGUGUGUGCUGCUGCUUCAACACUCGAUACAUUAAACUCAGAAUAAGCAAAAAAAAAGUACAAAAUAAUAAUAAUAAUAAUAAAAAAAUUUUAAAAAUGGCGAAGAAAUAUUUUCAACAAUCAAGCAAAAAGAUGCUGCAUGUUCAACAGAUUUACUUUAUAAAUCGUCUGUCUGACUGACUUGGCUGCCUUCUUUAAACAUUUAAGCCUAGCUGUAGAAAAGCUUCAGGGGAACCUGGGGGUGGGGGGCCCCGGUGGGGAGGCCCCAGGGGCCCCUCACAGCAGCACGAGCCGCCGUAGAUGACCGUUGACCUCCUGUUUGUGUCCUCGGAUGCUGAAGCAUGUUUACUCGAGUUCGGUUUGUACACGUCCAUUCUGAAUGAAACUGAGAACCGAGAAAAAUGGGGAAUGUUUCAGAUUAAAUGUUGUACUUUAAAAUAAUCAGAAUAACAACAACAAACAAAACAAAACAAACUUUAGAGCAGGCUCAGUGGUGUCUGUAUAUAACAGCUCUGUUUCUGACAUCAGGUUUCGUUUCGUCUGUCGACCAAUUGCGGACUUGCCUCCAAAGCUACAGCGGAGUGAUGGUACUUUAAUCUCUUCGGCCUUCCUCACCGAUUCCUUUUUUUUGGAUGUGCAGACUUUUUUAUAUUUUAAAAGACGAGCGCUUCUUUGUUUGUCGGUCGUACUCCAUGUCUUUAUCAAAUACAGUUGAUUGACAUAUUUUUGUCUAAAUAUAUGUUGACAUAAUUGUCAAAUGGACAGUUAUAAAUAAUGUUAAUAUCUUUCUUUGUUUCUUUCUGUUUUUUCAAUAAAGGAUUCAACAAAAUUGCACCCAAUGAG